AUGGAAGUUUUGGUCUUGGCUUUGCUCCUGUCCGUGUGUUGGACUCGAACCUGGGAAGCGGCGCGGGCGGAUUCCAUCAUCCACAUCGGGGCAAUAUUCGAUGAAUCCGCAAAAAAGGAUGAGGAGGUGUUUCGCAUGGCCGUUUCUGAUCUCAACCAAAAUGAUGAAAUCUUACAAACGGAGAAAAUCACCAUCUCUGUGACUUUUGUGGAUGGCAACAACCCGUUUCAAGCAGUUCAGGAAGCCUGUGAACUCAUGAACCAUGGGAUCCUGGCUCUGGUCAGCUCCAUUGGUUGUACAUCGGCAGGUUCCCUCCAGUCUCUGGCAGAUGCCAUGCACAUUCCUCAUCUCUUCAUCCAGAGAUCAACAGCUGGGACCCCAAGGAGUGGCUGUGGUACUACCAGGAGUAACAGGAAUGACGAUUAUACACUUUUUGUCCGCCCACCUGUCUACAUCAAUGAUGUCAUCUUCAGAGUGGUCACUGAAUAUGCCUGGCAGAAAUUUAUUAUUUUCUAUGACAACGAAUAUGAUAUCCGUGGAAUACAAGAGUUUUUGGACAAAGUAUCUCAACAGGGAAUGGAUGUAGCACUUCAAAAAGUGGAGAACAACAUCAAUAAAAUGAUCACAGGACUCUUCACCACCAUGCGGAUUGAAGAACUCAACCGCUAUCGAGACACGCUGAGACGGGCCAUUUUGGUAAUGAACCCUUCGACAGCCAAGUCUUUCAUUGCUGAGGUUGUGGAAGCCAAUUUGGUUGCUUUUGACUGUCACUGGAUCAUUAUAAAUGAGGGUGGAGUGAAUGGCUUGACAGGAGAUCUGGAAUUUGCAGAGAAUGGAGGGAAUCCCAAUGUUAUAUUUGAGAUCCUAGGGACAAACUAUGGAGAGGAACUAAGCAGAGGAAUCCGCAAGCUGGGCUGCUGGAAUCCUACCUCUGGUCUCAAUGGGUCACUAACAGAUAGAAGACUGGAAAAUAACAUGCGGGGAGUAGUUCUUCGUGUAGUGACUGUGUUGGAGGAACCAUUUGUGAUGGUGUCAGAAAAUGUUCUGGGCAAACCAAAGAAAUAUCAGGGUUUCUCAAUUGAUGUCCUGGAAUCUUUAUCUACUUACCUUGGCUUCACAUAUGAAAUUUAUGUUGCACCUGAUCAAAAAUACGGACUUCCACUGGAGAAUGGGACUUGGAAUGGACUGAUUGGAGAACUAAUAUUAAAGAGAGCUGAUAUAGGCAUUUCUGCAUUAACGAUUACACCAGAUCGGGAAAAUGUGGUUGACUUUACAACUCGCUACAUGGACUACUCAGUGGGAGUCUUGCUGCAAAAGGCUGAAAAGACCAUGGACAUGUUUGCUUGUUUGGCACCGUUUGACCUCUCCCUCUGGGCUUGCAUCGCUGGCACAGUACUGCUCGUCGGACUCUUGGUGUAUCUUCUCAACUGGCUUAACCCUCCACGGCUUCAGAUGGGAUCGAUGACCUCCACAACACUCUACAACUCCAUGUGGUUUGUGUACGGAUCCUUUGUGCAGCAAGGAGGAGAAGUUCCCUAUACCACACUGGCAACUCGAAUGAUGAUGGGCGCCUGGUGGUUGUUUGCCUUGAUCGUCAUCUCAUCCUACACUGCAAAUCUAGCGGCUUUUCUCACCAUCACUCGUAUUGAGAAUUCCAUCCAGUCUCUUCAAGAUCUCUCCUGGCAGACAGAUAUUCCUUACGGCACCGUUUUGGAUUCUGCAGUCUAUGAACAUGUACGGGUGAAAGGGAUGAAUCCUUUUGAGAAGAAUAGCAUGUAUUCAAAGUUGUGGCAGAUGAUCAGCCGAAGUAAUGGGUCUGAGAACAACGUGCAAGAAUCCCAGAUAGGCAUUCAUAAGGUCAAAUAUGGAAAUUACGCCUUUGUUUGGGAUGCUGCAGUUUUGGAAUACGUUGCUCUAAAUGAUCCAGAUUGUUCCUUCUACACCGUUGGAAAUACUAUUGCGGAUCGAGGAUACGGAAUUGCUCUUCAGCACGGAAGCCCCUACAGAGAUGUCUUCUCACAGAGGAUUCUAGAACUUCAGCAGAACGGACACAUGGAUCUACUGAAGCAUAAGUGGUGGUCAAAGAAUUCCCAGUGUGAUCUGCAUUCUUCUGUGGACCCCAAAUAUAAAGGAGGAGCCUUGGACAUAAAAAGUUUUGCAGGUGUUUUUUGCAUACUGGCAGCUGGGAUUGUUCUCUCCUGCUUAAUUGCCAUGUUGGAAACAUGGUGGAAUAAAAGAAAAAGCUCACAGGUUCCUUCAAAAGAGGAUGACAAAGAAAUUGAUCUAGAGCAUCUCCACAGACGCGUGAACAGCCUCUGCACAGACGAUGAAAGUCCCCAUAAACAGUUUUCCACUUCAUCCAUUGACUUGACUCCACUGGACAUUGACACUUUGCCCACGCGUCAAGCCCUGGAGCAAAUCAGUGACUUCAGGAACACUCACAUCACUACCACAACUUUCAUACCAGAGCAGAUCCAGACUCUUCGUCGCACACUUUCAGCUAAAGCUGCUUCUGGAUUCUCUUUCGGCAAUGUGCCUGAACACCGGACUGGCCCGUUUAGGCACAGGGCUCCAAAUGGGGGCUUUUUCAGAAGUCCUAUCAAAACAAUGUCUACGAUUCCAUAUCAACCCACUCCAACUUUAGGGCUAAACCUCGGUAACGAUCCAGACCGAGGCACGUCUAUAUAA